AUGAUGGGUUCUGUACCAACCGCAAAGAAGGCCUAUCCUCCCGGCAUCCAUGUGCCUUGCCUGACAUGGUUCAAGAACGAUGCGACACAGGAGCUGGACUGGGAUCUCCAGAAGACUCAUCUUGAAUUUCUCAUCUCGUCAGGUCUUGAUGGAAUCGUCAUCGCUGGUACAAACGGCGAAGCAGUCACCUUGACCACCGACGAGAAGGCCCAGCUCCUGCGUACCACUCGCCAGAUCGCCACCCAACUCGGACGGCCCGAUAUCACAGUCACCAUGGGUUGCACCGGCCAGUGCACCCGCGACGUGAUUCGGGAGACGGUAGCGGCCAAGGAAGCGGGCGCGGACUACGUCUUGGUGCUGGUCCCGAGCUACUUCCACUUUGCGAUGCACCAGGACGCCAUUGUCGGCUUCUUCGAGGAGUUGGCCGACGCCAGCCCGAUCCCCAUCCUCAUCUACAACUUCCCCAACGUUGUGGCCGGUCUCGACGUCAACAGCGAGAUGCUCGACACACUAGCACGCCACCCCAACAUUGUCGGCGUCAAGCUCACAUGCGGCGGCAUCGCCAAGGUCGCGCGCGUCGCCGCCGCGCACCGCCCUGAGGACUUCUCCGCCCUCGCCGGGCAGAGUGACUGGCUAGUCCCCGCGCUGUCUGUCGGUGGCACGGGCGUCAUCACAGGCGUGGCCAACCUGUAUCCCAAGGCGUGCAUGCAGAUCUACGACCUGUGGAAGAAGGGGGAUCCUCAGGGCGCGCAGGCGGCGCAGCUGGAGCUGGCCAAGGCGGAAUGGGGGUUCGGCAAGGGUGGCAUUAACGGUACAAAGUGGGUGGUGGCCAAGAUUAGGGGCUAUAACCUCGAGAGCGCUCACUGCCGGCGGCCGUAUCCUACGUUUAACGAUGCUGGCAAGCAGAAAUGGAUUUUGGAUGUGGUGGGCCCGCUGGGCAAGGUCGAGCAGAGCCUCGCCAAGAGAGGUCUCUAG